AACACGUAGCUACGAAGGUUAAACAAGGACCUGAAGAGCGUAAGUGUUUCUGUGGUCAGGUGGACCUAGUACGUGUGUCUGUGGUUAGGUGUGUUUGUGUGAACGGUCAGUCUGCGUGAAAGAAGGCACGUUGGCGACCAAGGCACAGAGGAGAACCAGACAAUCGCGAAGCAGAAAAUCCGUCCAUACCCAUUUGCAAACAGGGAGGGUGACACGAUGAGUCAAGGCUUAACACUUCACACCUUUUGUUACUGCGCACACGUUGACUAUCUCAGCCAUGUGUUUGUGGAAGGCAGAACGUAGUGUGCCCGAUUAACAACGCGCGAACACCAAUUAUGAGCAGUAAAUGGCCCACUGAUCAUUCUCUAGAUGACAAUGGCAAGACAGUGAGCGUAUUUGCAUAUCUGGCAAACAGGUUUCAGCAUGCCAACAAAUUACACCCUCGCGUCCUAAACUAAAAGAAGGUAAGAGUGCAUAGCCACAGUCCCAUGCACUGACUGGGGGGCAAGUACGAAUGCUGGAAGAAAAAAAUUGGUCAUAUACGUCAGAGACGGAAAAAUGGAAUCGCCUGUCCUGAGCUGAGACCUGAGCGAUAACAUCCAACUCCAGGCGACAGCGGAGGUGAUUGAGGAACAACACUGGGAUAAUUAGACUGCAAAUGAAGGUUGCGAAAGGGGCGGAUUCGGUAGUCAGAAUUUAGGUGGACUCAAGCUGGGAUAAACUCUCUCUCUCUCUCUGUCUCUCUCUCUCUCUCUCUCUCUCGAGCGUUGCCUACAGUCCCGCACACAACAGUUAUCUCUGAAAUUCCUUUCCCCGCCUUAGUCAUGGUUUACCACUCACCAAACAUGCGUGCGUGCAAGCACACACAGACGCAUUGAGAAACACAGAGAUUCUGCAGCGUGUGUGUGUGUAUGGAGAGAGAGGGAGAGAGAGAGAGAGGGGUGGGGGCGGGAAUGAAGAAACAGGUCCGUCUGUAUAAAGCUAGGAGCAUCAACUAGAAGAUUCAGAGGAUAGUAGGCAGUGUAAUCUGCGCGCAGAGGACUACCACCAUCACCACUGUGUGCGUCCUGUCUCGCACUCCCGAAGCCUCUCCACGGACUGUAGCUAUAUUUCACCGAGGCAGGAUCAUGAACAUGAACAACUUUUCCGUGCCUACCUUUGUGGCCGUUUACCUGGCGCUGUGUGGCGGCUACCUGAGGAAUGCGCAGGCCGGCUCCGUUGUGCUCAACUCGAACGCAAUAAAGAAUCUACCCGGUGGCGGAAUUUCACAUCCGAGCCAGUCAGUCAGCGCUAGUCCUCGUGCUUCACCCUCGGUCAGCGGCGUUGGCCAAGUGGGAGCCGCUGGCACCUCAUCGCCUUCAAGCUGCAAGGCAGACCGGCAGUGUGGCGCCAAUGAGUUCUGUAACGAGUCCCGUGGCGCGUGUCUCCCAUGUCGUAAACGGAGGAAGCGGUGUGCCCGCGACGCCAUGUGCUGUCCUGGGAACCGGUGCAGUAACGGUGUGUGCCAGCCAGUUGAAAUGGAUGUCCCACCCCGCGGUGGUGCUGCUGAUGGCAACAAACUUGGGGGCAAUGCCAAGCAGGGGCAGAAUGUCACCACUGAGUCGAAAAAGAGGACGCCAUCCCAGGGUCAUAAAACACCGAAAGGCAGUGAAGGGGAGACCUGCCUUCGGUCAUCCGACUGUGGCGAGGGGCUGUGCUGUGCGCGACAUUUCUGGUCGCGCAUCUGCAAGCCCGUGCUGACGGAGGGGCAGGUGUGCACCAAGCACCGUCGCAAAGGCGGCCAGGGCCUGGAAAUCUUCCAACGUUGUGACUGCAAGCCGGGGCUUACCUGCCGAGUUCAGAAAGGAGCGCGGGCCAACGCACAGAGGCAGCGUCUCGAGGAGCAGCAGCAGCAGCAGCAACAGCAGCAGCAGCCUAGGCAGCCCAGAGACUUACAUACCUGCCAAAGACGCUGAGACUCAGGACGCUCUAGACACAGUGUCGCCACAUACACACACACACACACACACACACACACACACACAUUUACAUGAGUCCCUAGGGAAUGCAGGAGUGGCAGCAGCGAGGGGUUAGAUGAAAUUCAAUGCUGCGGAAGGAUGCGACGAUAGAAACGGACUGAUCGGAUUUCUCGGAUGGAUGAGAAGAAAACACUGCAGCGUGCGGAAAUGUUGCAUCGGAUACUCUGCUUCUGAUACGCUGCUUCCUGAUGGCCAUCGGAGAAAAACUGCGGAGUAAUUUAGUUUCCCUUUAUAAGGAAUUUGAUCCUGUCAAUAUUGCAGUAAAUUACUGUAUUGUAAAUACUAAACUAGAAGUGGCGCUUUGCUUGACUGGUGGACUCAGUAACACUACUAGCCUAUUAUAAGACCAGGUGCUGCAUGAUGCUAUUCUAGUGUAAAUGCUCUAAAACAUAUGAUUUAUAUUGUUAUGAUUGUUGUUAUUUACUACAUGUGAUAUAAAAUGCUCUAUUUUUAUUUCUGAACAAAG